AUAGCAUCUAUAAACUUCGCCGUCGCCGUCGUCUGAGGUUUCUUCAUUGUUCUUCUUCCCAGCUCCGACAAACAAAUCUAAGCUUACUAUCUUUCUCUCUUUACUUCUCUCGCAGCAAGCAAAGCAAAGAAUGGCGCUUUGGAUGGAAAACGGUUCAGAACCUCUUACAGAAAGAGAGAAAGCAGACCUUGAGGCUAUUUCUGCUAUUAAAGAGUCUGCUUCAAUUGAAUUAAAGGAACAAGGAAACGAUUUUGUGAAAAAGGGUAAAAAACAUUACUCAGAUGCUAUUGACUGUUACACUAGGGCUAUAAAUAUGAAAGCUUUGAGUGAUUCCGAGACUUGUAUUUUAUUUUCAAACCGAGCCCAUGUUAACCUGUUGAUGGGGAACUAUAGACGAGCUCUUAUGGAUGCUGAAGAGGCCAUUAAGCUCAGCCCGACCUAUGUCAAGGUUUCUAUCAUUUCCUUUCCUUAUAUCUUACUUGACAUUAAUUUCUUAUCUCAAGUUUUAUCUUUUGCUUAUCAGGCAUACUAUAGAGCUGUUAAAGCAGCUUUGUCUCUAAAUCUUCUCUUAGAAGCAAAAACAUAUUGCAAGAAUGGUCUUACCCACUCACCAGACAAUGAGGAACUAAAAAAACUUGAAAAGCAAAUUGAUGUCAAAUUGUCAGAGCAUCAACAACGUGAAACUCAAAUAUCCACGGCUUUAACAGCCGCCAAGGUCUGUUAUUUGUGCUGUAAUGAGGAACUAUUAUGUAUUAUUUGGGGUUUACUUGGCACUAAGAUAAAUAAAAACACGCAGGACCUCCUUUCUGCCAUUGGAGAUCGAAAACUGAAGAUAGGAAAGUCUGCCUUUCAAGAACUCACUGCCUUGAAAAAGCCCAGAUUGGACAAGGACAAAGUUCUGCACUGGCCUCUUCUUCUUCUAUAUCCGGAAUUUAUGACCAGUGAUAUUAUCGAGGACUUCUGCGAAACGGACAUGUUCUCCAUGCAUCUGAACAUGAUGUUUUCAGAUAUCAACUUGCCAUUGGUUUGGGACAAAGAAAAUGCCUACACUCGUGAAACCAUUGAACUUUACUAUGAGGUUGGACCUGCAACUUGCUUAUCACAAAAAGCUUUACUUAAGUAUUUCUUAGACGGGACUCCUGCUGCCCAGCUUGAAAGCUUUGGCGAUGAGUAUGAUGCAGAUACUAAUGGAGGCAACACUAUCGAUCCCGGUAGUGGAGGACCCAAAUGGAUUCGAGUUAAUGAAAGGAGAAUACUCAAUGAUAUUCUGAAGGAACCAAAACUUGUUAUACCCGGAAUCCCAGUUUUCUACAUUGUCUCUAAGAAGUCGAGUUUCUACAAAGAUUUUAAAGCCGGAAAAUGGAGUCUGCCUGGCUGAUUGAAACUAUAUCCAUUUACCACCAUAUGUAACACAACUAGGUUUUUGUUAAUUAAUUCUUAAGUUUGCUAUUUAUAAAAUUUUGGGAUGAUUGUUUAAUGGCCAGGAUGCUUGUACCAUGUUUAGAAAUUUUGGAUUAGUAUAUUUAUAUAGUUUUCUAAAUUUUAUGUGGUAAUUGAAAUUGAGACUUUUGUUGUUGUAUUUUUUCUAUUUCAUAUUGAAUUAUUAGUCUUCA